AUGUCGGUGAUGGGCAAAUUUGUUGUGCCCUAUGUAUCGGCCCGGAAUUUUGCUAAAAUCGGUGCCGCUUUACAAACUGUGAAGCCUAAUAGAACUUAUUUUACUUACACACAAGAAUUGUCGCAGCCUUUAGAUAGAAAACCUGAGUUCCUUACUGCUAAGGAAGCAUUCGAAAAAUGUUUAAAAUCAGGUCAAACUGUAUACUCUCAAGGCGCUGCAGCAACACCCGUGCCAUUAUUGAAUGCUAUGACUGAAGUCGGUAAAGCUGGCUCUUUGAGAGAUAUCAAAGUGGUGCACAUGCACACUGAGAAAGAUGCCGCGUAUGUCGCACCGGAAUGCAAGGAUAUAUUUAGAUCUGUGUCACUAUUUAUGGCGGCGAAUGUAAGGAAAUCAGUGGCAGAGGGACGCUCAGAUGCGAUCCCAAUCUUCCUUCAGGAUAUCCCCAAGCUAUUCCACAGGAAGAUAAUCCAGCCCGAUAUUGCUGUUAUUCAGGUUUCUCCCCCAGACCAGCAUGGAUAUUGCAGCUUGGGUACCUCAGUCGACUGCGUGCGGGCCGCUCUAGUCAACUCUAAAAUAAUUAUUGCUCAGAUCAACGUGAACAUGCCUCGUACAUUCGGUGACGCCAUCAUCCACGUGUCCCACGUAGACUACGCGGUGGAGGACAACACGCCGCUGCCCGACCACGGCGGGAAGGGCGGCAGUCCUGAGGAGACGAAGAUCGGUCAGCUGAUUGGAGAUAACCUGGUGGAAGAUGGUGCUACUUUGCAGAUGGGUAUUGGCAAUAUUCCGGAUGCUGUGCUCUCCGCUCUGAAGAACCACAAGGACCUGGGAAUACACUCAGAGAUGUUCUCUGUGGGUGUAAUAGACUUGGUCAAACGCGGGUGUGUCACUAAUAAUAAGAAGAAAACUCACAAGGGCCGUAUCGUGGGAAGCUUUUUAGUGGGCAACAAGGAGUUGUAUGACUUUGUGGACAACAAUCCUUUCAUUGAAAUGCUGGAAAUCGAUUAUGUGAACAACACUCACAUAAUUUCCCAGCAACCCACCAUGACAGCUAUCAACUCUUGCAUCGAGGUGGACUUGACUGGACAAGUCUGUGCCGAUUCUAUUGGUACUAGAAUGUUCUCGGGCUUCGGCGGGCAGGUGGACUUCAUCCGUGGCGCGGCGGAGUCUCUGGACGGGCGCGGGAAGCCCAUCAUCGCUAUCGUAUCCAACACCAAGCGCGGCGAGUCCAAGAUCGUGCCCACGCUGAAGAUUGGUGCUGGCGUAGUAACUACUCGUGCCCACGUCCACUACGUAGUGACAGAGCAGGGUAUUGCAAAUCUAUUCGGCAAAACUCUAAGACAACGUGCCUAUGAAUUAAUCAAGAUCGCCCAUCCAGACCAUCGCGAGUCCCUUGAAAAGGCCGCAUUUGAACGCCUUAAAUAUAUUAGUGCAAAUGUUAGUGGUGAACUAUAUUCCCGUGAGAAUUGUACGCAGGAGCCAGUGCAGACUUCUGAAUUGCCCGUUAGUUUCAAUUUUUCUCUGAAUACUGUGUUGAAAGAACCAACAAUACAAAAGUCUUCUCAGGCUCGCGUAAAGUUAAUUAAUUCAAUACAACAUUUUGAUACUGAAGAUUGGAACAACGUACGCUAUGCAGAAGUACAAAAGCAGUACUGUUCUGCUCCGGGUUUUACGUAUUUAAAGACUAAUGAAGAAAUCAAAUCAUAUGAUAAAUAUUCAUCUCUUGCGCUUAUUGAGCGUGGUUUCGCUGCCAUUACACACGCUCUUAUUAUGCAAAAUGAAGCCGCACAGAGCGCUUUUACAGCUUUAAUUGAGUGGGCAAGUUUCUCGGGUAAUAAUAUCACUGCUAAAUCACUGCAUGAAAAAGUGAAUGAAUUAUUUAUAAAAGGAAAUUUUCAAAAAAUUAGUAGCGAUAUUUUACAGUUAGCUUGUGGUUACAGAGCAGAAUUAGUACAACAAAGGCGUGAUAAUAUUUUGCGUUCAGUAAAAGAUAGUUUUUUGAAGUCAAGUUUACGUAAAAUCCCUCCCACUAGUGAGAAUCUUUUUAAUAAGGAAUCUUUCUCUACUGCUAUCGAAAAAUCUGGGGGUAUGUCUAAAGUUUUCUGGCCGCUCCGAGCGCCGACACAAAAUAAAGCUGCUGCGCAAGCACAGCCCCAUCAGCAGACUCAGGUCAGGACC